GCGCAGACAAAUCACCAGCUGCGGUCUCAGCGUCCUUCCUACGCUCAACGUCGCCGCGCUCACCAAGAUCGCAAAGAUUGACCUGCAGAACAACAACCUUAAACAAUUCCCGCUGCAGCUCCUCGACCUGCCGAUCUCCACCGUCACCAUUGAUUUGACUGGGAACCCCAUCGAGCCCUUUGCGCUCACCACAGCACAGCUCGCCAAGUACAAUGCGAUGCUAAUCAAAGUGGAUGCGACUGUCAAGGGCCCGGACGCAGCCGUGGCGUCGGGAACACCGGGGCUCACGUCGUCGGCGGCGCGUGACGUGGUGCCGUCAUCGCCGCCGUCGUCCUCGUCCGUCUCGAGCUGGCAGAUGGCGCUGCUUGCCGGCGUCGGUGGCGCCGGCCUCGCCGUCAUCAUUGCCAUGAUCAUCAUUCGCCAGCGCAACGCCAAGGACGACGCCGACUCGGUGCUCGAAGACCUCGACCACCCCGCGUACGCCACGACCCUCGACGACAACCACCUGUUUCUGUCGCACAACACGCCCAUGAUGGUCGCCACCGACACGCUCAAGCCCGGCGACCUCAUCUCACCGCUCACCGAGAUUGGCGAGGACUCGACGCCGUUCCACACCGAGUCGGACCGAUGCUAUCGCCUCUUGUCGCCGGACGAGCUGCGGCUGUCGCGGUCGGGAUGCCCGAUUCCCGGCGGCCUCUCGGGCAGCUUUGACGGCGAGCGUGUCCUGAUCCGGCGCCUCGACCACCGCGACCGCCCGGAUGUGGCCAAGCGCUUCGUGCAGCGCGUCGCGGCGCUCUCGCUGCUCAAGCACGAACACGUCGUCGAGCUUCUCGGCGCGUCCAAGCUCUCGGGCAUCUCGCUCUGCGCCGUCUUCGAGCACAUGGAACACGGGACGCUCUCGUCCUUCUUGCACGUGGAGCGGUCGCCGCUGACGCUGCACCAAGCGCAGCGCAUGUGCCUCGAGAUCGCCGAUGGCGUCGCGUACCUCCAAGCCACCGGCUUUGUCCUCGGCACGGCCUUUGACGUCUUUCGCACCGACCGGAUCCUUGUCAACGACAACCUCACGUGCAAGCUCAACAUCGUCACGUGUCUCGACGACCUCGACUCGACGUCCGUGCAGCUGUCGUUCGGCACGGGCCGCCUCGCUUUUCUGGCGCCAGAGGUCGCGUCGCACCUGCUGACGACCGAGACGCGACGUGAUGACAUGGACGACGAAGCUGCGGCUGUCUACGCGCUUGGUGUCAUUUUGGGCGAAGUGCUCUCGCGGCAACGACCGUACGCGCCGCUGCUGCACGCCGUGGGACCCGUCGCGGCGGACGGCUACGUCUACGAUAUGUACAUGACCCGAAAAACGCCGCGCGUUCCGCCUCACGCACUCGGCGACGAGGUGCCGCCGGCGUGGACGCAGGUGAUUGCAGAGUGUCUAAGUUAUGCGCCGCGCGAUCGCCCGACGGCCGCGGACGUCUGCAGGCGCCUCCGAAGUAGUUGCGAAGGCGGAGUAGCACUUCAUUAGUCAAUAGGCCAAGUAAUACAGACUGAAAAUGUA